AAACAUCGUAUCUACAUUUAAGAUGUUCUAAAAUGGUCGCAAUUAAUCAAUAUUUAUUCUGAUUACCUCCGUGUGAGUUAUCAAGCUAUUAUAUGUAGCGAAAAUCCACAUUGUACACGUCAUGAUUUCAGGAUUUUUUCAUGUUACAACUCGUGCUGUUUAUUUGUUUUUAAAGUUCCAGUUCGCGCGCUGCCGAGUUCGAAAAGUCCAAAAUAUCUCCGUUUGUUUCCGUUAGAACGCGAUACUUUGUUGCGUCGUGUGUUCGUUCUCUCUUUUAAUAGCUUAAUUGUUUUUGGAAGAGCGCCAUACUUUUUGGGCAGCCAUGAUUCGACUGUGAUCUGAAUAUCUUCUGUAACUGCGCGCGCGUGUUAAACUGUGCUUUAAUUAGUUGUAAAGUAAAAGCAUAUCUCGACUGGAUUUGGCUAAAUAUUAAAUAUUUAACAAAGUGUAAAGCAAUACGCCGUUUUGGCCGGACAUCCGGUCGUUCUACAAUCCAGACUGGUCGUCUCUAUUGGGGGGGUCAAAGCCCAGCUUGUCUCAGGACAGCAGUCUGGCUAGUGCAUUUUCCCAGGCGGCUUUUGGAAGUGCGGCUGGUGUCAAACUGGAGGCAGUUAUGGAGCAGCUCCAGAGACAACAACAAGCUAAGCUGGAGAUGGAGCGCAAGGAGAGACAAUUCAGGGAAGCCCACAUUCUGUACGCCCAGCAGCUGGCUGCACAGCAAGCCAUCAUGGCCUCUGCCAGGGCCCAGGGUGCCCCAUUAACCCCUGAUUUUUACAGCAAAAACUCCAGAGACAGAGCGCUGAAAGGCGGCCAGGGGCCUCCAGCUGCCAGGGGGCCCAUGAAACCCGGCUCUGACCUAGUACAUGAGGAGGACGCCGCUGAUGAGAUGGACAGGGGAAGAGGGUCCGAGGGGGACGAAGAUGACGAUGAUGAAAUGAUGGAUGGAGAAGAUGGAAGCGAAGAAGAGGAAAGCGAAGGCUUGGAGUUCCUCAGGAAGCAAAGCCUUGCACUUCAGCAAGCGGCUGUUGGAGUCCCUCCUUAUCCGUUCCCCGUCUACGCCGCCUCACCCUCUGCUGCUAAAAAACGUGCCCUGUCACCGACCACUAAAGUGAAAGAUGAACCCGAAGACUCCCUCAACGACCAACAAUCGUUCAACACACCAAACGGACUGGGCGAUUGGAGCCUCGAUGACUCAUUCAAACAGAAUGGAAAUUCAAGCUGGAACGAGGACGCCGAUGGUGGGAGAAGCCGAGGAGAGGCCUCCAGAGACUUUGCCAAGCUUUAUGAACUGGACAAUGACCCAAAACGGAAGGAGUUCCUCGACGAUCUCUUUGCGUACAUGCAGAAACGAGGCACACCUGUGAAUCGAAUCCCCAUCAUGGCCAAGCAGGUGUUGGAUCUGUACAUGCUGUAUAAGCUGGUGACUGAGAAGGGAGGUCUGGUGGAGGUGAUAAACAAGAAGAUCUGGAGGGAGAUCACCAAAGGCUUGAACCUGCCCACCUCGAUCACCAGCGCCGCCUUCACCCUCCGCACACAGUAUAUGAAGUACCUCUAUCCAUAUGAAUGCGAGAAGAAGGGUCUGAGUUCCCCUGGAGAGCUGCAGGCGGCCAUCGACAGUAACCGCAGGGAGGGCCGUCGCCCCGGAUACAGCAACAGCCUGUAUCGCUUUUCCCCUUCUCCCAGUGCCUCAGCCCCUCACCUCCUCUCUCCUCCCAAAAUGCACCUGCCCGCCACAGGACACAACGGACUGCAGGCCACCCCCAGUCCCGCCAUGAAGAAAGCCUCAGUCCCAGAGGACGGUCCAGCCUCCAUGUUACCGGGUCGACUUCCCCUUGCGCUGGCUCUCGGGCAUCAGCAGCAGCUGGCACGUGCCGCCACACUGGAGCAGCUGAGGGAGAGGCUGGAGACCGGCAUGGGCAGCGGAGCUGUGAACGCGGGGGCCGCCGCGAUGGAGGGGCCCGAGAGGAAGAUGGCACGUCUGGCGGAGGAACAGCAGAGGCUACUGCAGCAGGCUUUCCAACAAAACCUGCUGGCCAUGGCAUCACAGGUGAACCCCGCCAGCCUGCGGAUGAACAACACCAGCACCCGUGAGGACAAACAGGACCUGUCUCUCAGCAUUUCUUCUAAUGGCUCUGCUAGCAUUACUGUGUCUGUGGAGGUUAACGGCGUUAUUUACUCAGGAUCCUUAUAUGCUCAGAAGUCUGGAGCUGCUCCCACCGCUGUCACAGCCAUGUUCCCAGGCCAGACCUCCACCCUCAGUCCCGGUAUCCCCUCUUCCUCCUCCUCUUCCUCCUCAAAGGGUCCUGACUCUGUGGAGCCGGCCACAGGAGGGUCACCCUAACCAUCAGCAGCUCCCUGUACCAAACAGCCCGUCAGUCUACAGUCUUUCCUUUAGAGCGGCAUGAGCCGUUCUGCCCUCUAGAGGCGGUUUAGCAGAUCACAGUCUGCACAAGCUCGCAGCUGUUUUCCUUCCAGUGAAGGGAGGACCACACACAUACACUUUUACAGACUCAUCAGCUGUUAAAGCUCAUCACGGACCCCACCUGCUCUUUUAUACAAGAUGUUUUCUCAGGACUGAGAAAGUUUUUAGAGAUGUUUAAUUCAACAGAAUACCUCAGCGUACACACUUCGGUGAUCGCGUAAUCAUGCCUUUCCACACUCAUAGUCAUUCACUCACAAAGAUCUGCAAAGCAAUCAUGGCAUGAUCAACUCUACUUCUGCCAAAGUCACAUCUGUGAGGUUGUGGUUGACACUUUUUUCUUUUCUUUUUUGCUGUCUAUUAAUUCUCUUAUUUAAAGUUUGCUGAAUUUACCUCAUCUGCCGUGAAUUUAAAAGACUCAGGAUCGAUUAUGAUACUGCUGUGUUGUUUUUGUGUCUAAUUUGAUGGAUUUUAAAACAGGCUACAAUCCCCAUCUAGUGUUGCAAAGUUGUUUUGGUAAGAAAAGGGGGUCUUUUUUUUUUUUUUUUUCUUCUUCCUUUUUAAAAAAAAAUGUAUUUACUUGAUUUUAUUGUUUUCUAUUUCCGUUGUUUUUUAGCUUCUAGAUACAGAAAUAUUAUUAUGAUUUGAAAAAGAGUUUGAGUUUGCAUUUUACACAGCUGACAGGUUUUGGUUUUUUGUUGUUAUUUAGACAUAUUUACAGGCAACAGUUUGGUUGAAAGAUUUUUCUCUACCUCAGACACAAGACAAUGUAUGGUUGAAAAGAAAUUAUGUCGACACGCACGGUUAGUGUCGCACGUGUCAAUCAUUUCUGUGCGUUGGACGAUCAUGUACAGGCUCAUAAAUAAGGGCCCUGAUUAAUGUACUAUUCUUCUACUCUGGUGUGCAUAUGAGUUCUUUAAAACAAACCAGGUCACAGAAAAGCAGGAUAACAUUCGAAUCAAAAGAAGAUUGGAUGUUCUUUUUAUUUCUUUUUUUUUUUUUUUUUUUUUUUUAACUUCAGACCUCACGUAUCUUUCCAUAUUGGAAAGCGAGUUUCUCAGGAAUUUUUUUUUUCUUCACAAAUUUUAACUUCAGAAACUAGACGCAGUCUCACUCCUGAAACGAAUGACACUAGAUAUAACUCGGUCAGUGUGGGACUGAAAUAGCUACCUCAGUCAGGAUUUACCUCGGAUGUAGUUCAACUGCCUGCAGUACAUCACUGAAUUACCUCAGAAGUACUGCUGAUUUUAAUGCAAAAAAAAUCUCUCAGGUAAUGAAUUAGCAAGAUGCCUCAGAAAUGUAAAGAUAGUGAAAGGCAGAACAUUAAUACGAGACUGCGAGAUGAGAUUAUUGUUUGAAGAGUUCUCAUCCAUGAAGUAUUGAUUAUUGCAUAAACUGUCUUCCAGUGCUUCAAUACACUUCCAGUAGCAAUCGAGGCUUGUUGGCUGGUUAUGUUCAUGUACCCAUGCUGAUUUAGCCUCUUUACAUUUUAGCUGUUUAUAAUCCUGCAUUUGCUUGACCUUGGGACCUGCUUGGAUACAGACACUUUUAGUUUCUACUGUUUUAAUUUCUAUAUUCUUCAGAUAACUGCAUAGCUGAAAACCAAAGAUCAUGCGUUUGUUAUCCUUUAUGAUGACCUCAGUGUAUAGACACAUGCAACAUUACACAAUGAAAUUAAAGUCUGAUCUGAUGCGA